AUGACCACCGCUUCUAGCCUUACGGCGACAGUCUCGGUCAACGAAGAUGUCGCCUGGAUUACAGAGCGUGCAUGUGGACAAAAAUGCGUUUGGAUUGAUAGUGGACACAUUGGAGCCCCCUACCCAGAUAUCGUUAUGCACCUCAAUUGCGGAUCCCCUUAUCUCAACGCAUGUUUCUGUCGGUCCGAUUUUGGAACAUCUGCCACAGCAUUCCUCAGUAGCUGUGUCUCUAGUCGUUGUGAAAGCGAUGGUAUAAACGACUAUGGCACCGAGCUCUUCAGUGCAUUAUCCAUAUACUCUAACUACUGCAGUACCGCUGCAGGCAUUGUCUUUGCAGCCCCUUCGGUCGAUGUCACGUCUGCUAGCUCUGUCUCUGUCUCUGCAAGUUCAGUAUCUUUGAGGACCACAACAACUCCGACCGCAUCAAGCACUUCUUCAAGUUCUGGGGCAUCGGCUCAAAAUACCGGCCAGGGUUCUCCUAUAGAGUCGCCUUCCAGCGGGAUGAGCACUUCAUCCAAGAUUGGUCUUGCUGUCGGACUAAGUGUCGGCAUUCUGGCUAUCAUUCUUGGAGUUGGAGUCUUUAUUUGGCACAAACGUGGCAAUCGUGCCCAGCAGAAAGGACAUUUCCAAGCACAACCCGCACCUGCUAGUUUCAACCAUGAUUCAGUACAAUACGCUUCCCCAGCUGUGAAACAAUACAACAAUGAAGGAAUCUACUCCACAGAAACGUCUGAACUUGGAGGUCAUCAGUAUCCUAGGCACGAGUUAGGUGCUCAUCAGCGCCGGCUACCGGAACUGGGCAGCUAA